CCGCGGAUGAAUCUGAAAGUGAUGCGGUUCAACCGGACGAACGUCCGCUCAGCUCAUGUCACAGCGGAGGAUAGCGACGACAGUCCCGUUAAUUUUGCGCUCAUUUGGAGAUAAACCACCGCGUUUGUGCGGGCGUCGGCAGCUGGGAAGACGAAUAAACGCGUCGGGUGGUCUCUGCGCGUAUCUCAACGGUUCGGUUGCGUUUUUUUAGGCCAUGAAGCUUUGAAGAUGAGGAAAGUCUAUGUGAUACCCGCAAUGUAACCGGCGAUUUGUGUUGCAGGUGGAUGCAGACGAAACCCGCAUGAGUCCACACUGACCUAUAAGCAUUAAUCCAGUUCCAUCCUUCCAGAAGCGCGUGUGCAAGCUCUCCUGAAUUAUUUAGCGAAAGGCAAGCGAUGGAGGCGGCAGCGCAUCGUGACUCAGCGGCGCUAGUAGCGCGCGGCCACUACGGGGAAACGCAAAUGGUUCUUUAGGUGCAAAGGAGGAAAAGAAGUAAAGCGGAAUGGGCGACAGCUACGUGUAUCGAAGACUUCCUUACGCCAGGGGAGGCGACGAAGCUGAAGACGAGGAUGCGGAGGCGAGGAAUUCUGCCAGAACAAUGAUGUCCAACGAGGAGGGCACCGAGUGGCUCCUGGAGCUUCUGACGGACGUUCAGCUGCAACAGUACCUCCUGCGCAUCCGCGACGAGCUCAACGUCACGCGCCUCUCGCACUUCGACUAUGUCAAGAACGAAGACCUGGAGAAGAUCGGCAUGGGCCGGCCCGGUCAGAGAAGACUUUGGGAAGCCGUCAAAAGAAGACGAGCACUUUACAAACGCAAGUCCUGGAUGAGCAAGGUCCGAAACAAUAUGCUCGACCGGUUGAUACGUGGAAUCUAUUUCCAGUUUUGUUGUUUUGUUUCCCCGCAGGUGUUUCCCGUCAAACGUCCAGACGCCGAUCAACAGCCGGCGGCGGUGUCUUUGGCGUCUGGCGGUUCCUCGUCCGGCACCGACUCCGCGGCUUCGCUCACCUGCCUCGUCCGGGAGGCCGAACUGCAGCUGUUUGAGCGCCUGGGCGACGGCACCUUUGGCGUGGUCCGCCGCGGCGAGUGGAGCGCCCCUAGCGGUCGAGUGCUAUCGGUGGCGGUCAAGUGCCUGAAGGCCGGCGUACUGGACUCUGACGGUCUAGACGACUUCAUCAGGGAGGUCAACGCCAUGCAUUCACUUAGCCACCAGAACCUGAUCCGACUUUAUGGGAUUGUGCUGACGCAGCCCAUGAAAAUGGUGACCGAGCUAGCUCCUCUGGGUUCACUGUUGGACCGGCUGAGGAAGCGUCAAGGUCACAUCCUCAUCUCCUCACUCUGCAACUACGCCGUUCAGGUGGCGUGCGGCAUGGCCUACCUGGAGCAACGGCGCUUCCUCCACCGCGACCUAGCGGCACGCAACGUGCUGCUGUCCACCAACGAGACUGUUAAAAUCGGUGACUUUGGCCUGAUGAGGGCGCUGCCGACUCACGCCGACCACUACGUCAUGGAGGAGGGCCACAAAGUCCCCUUUCCGUGGUGCGCUCCGGAGUCGUUGAAAACUCGCAGUUUUUCGCACGCGUCCGACACUUGGAUGUUCGGGGUCACUCUGUGGGAGAUGUUCACCCACGGGCAGGAGCCGUGGCCGGGCCUAAAUGGGAGUCAGAUCCUCCACAAAGUGGACGUCGAAGCGGAGCGUCUGUGCAAGCCGGACGACUGUCCUCAGGACAUCUACAAUGUCAUGCUCCAGUGCUGGAGCCCCAAACCUGAGGACCGGCCCACUUUCGUGGCCCUCAGAGACUUCCUCAUGGAGAGCACGCCAAUGGACAUGAGAGCUCUGCAGGACUCUGCGGAGGAUGACAAACUCCACAUUCAGAUGAACGACGUCAUCACCAUCAUUGAGGGAAGGGCCGAGCACUACUGGUGGCGUGGGCAGAACCGUCGAACACUGCGCGUGGGCCAGUUCCCCCGCCACGUGGUGACGGCGGUGACGGGCCUGUCGGCGGAUGACAUCAGCAGACCCUUGAAGCACUCGUUCAUUCACACCGGCCACGGGGACACCGACCCGCAUCGGAGCUGGGGCCACGCUGACCGCAUCGACAGUCUAUAUUUGGGGAACCCCAUGAACCCCCCCGAUGUUCUCGGACUAGAACCUUGCAUCUCCAGACCGACCAAACUCCCCAACCGGGCCAAGAAACAACCGCCGCCUCGUCCUCCUCAGCCUGCGGUUCUUCUCAAGAAACCCUACUACGACUCUGUGAUGGAGGACUACGACGACAACGAGGAGGAUGCCGGUUCCGGCGCUCGGGUCGGACCUAAGAGGCCGAGUUUCCCGCUGGGGCUCAAGCUCCGCCCCUGGGAGGGCGGGGCCCGGCUGGAUGCCAGCGAGGUGUCGCUCAUCGACUUCACCGACGACAGCUUCAGCUCCACUACCACGCCUUCGCCGCUCUCUGAGACCAUUCCCCUCGACCGUCACGCGCUCAAGGACACGCCCUCCAUCCUGGACUGGCCCCUCCCACAGCCCGCCUACGAUGAGGUGGCGCCGGAGUUGCACGACCAAUCGGAGGACCGGGAAGUGCUUUCCAUCAACAAGGGCGCGGUCCAAGAAGUACCAACCGCCACGUUGGUCCGCAACGAAUCGCAGUCGGCCGACCUCUUCCAGGAACUCCAGCGAGAGGUGAUGGUGAAGCUCCAGGUUCCCAUGGCGACGGGCCGAUCGCUCCCCUCCUCGCCCCUCCCCCUAGUGCCGCUCCCCCACCGGCAGAUCUACCUCCCGCCGCCCUCGCCCUCCGCAGAGCGACCCGAGCUGCCGCCCCGCAGCCCGGCCCCGCCUACUCGCCCCGCCCACCCCCGCCACAGCUCUGUCUCCCUGGAGCUGGAAGACACGCCCCCUCAGCUGCCCCCGCGGGACAGGGCCCUCUCUCAGCCUAGCUCGCGGUCCUCCUCGCCCCUGGCACCCGCGGCGGCACCGCCCCCUCUGUCGGCGUCACCCCAUCGCGGCUCGGCUUUAACGGGUCCGCUCCUGCCCCCGUCGGCGUUGGCGUCGCCCCCUAAGGUUACGUCUUUUUGCUCGCCUGGCGUCUCUUUGGACCCGCUGGCCUCCCGGGAAUCCUCGGCGAUGACGGACGGCUCCACCCGCGCCCCGUUGCCCGCGCGACCGGCUCUUCUGGAAAGAUACGGAGCCUCCAACAUGGCAGCGGUCAAACCCAUGAUUCAGCACUCCGGCCGAGCCAAGCCCAACUCCUCCUCCAAUAACAACAACGGACGAGCGUCGGAGUCUGCCGUGGCGCAAGUCCGGGAAGCCGUCCGCGGCGUUACGCUGGAUGAGUGUCAGGCCGCCUUGCAAGCUCACCGCGGGGGAGUCCAAAAAGCCAUCGACUACUUGAAGGUGGAGCAGUUGUUUCGCGUGGGCCUGAGUUCCCGACACGAGUGCGAGGCGCUCUUACGCCGCUGUCAGUGGAACCUGGAAGAAGCCGGUUCGCUCAUGCUGGACACGUACGGACCGCAUUGCAACAGAAAGUGACUGCGAAAAGUGACGAAAACGACCCGGCGCGAGAGGGACGCUGAAUGUUCGUAUUCCACAAUGGAACUGAUUAUUUAUAUUUGUUCCAUUCAUCCCUUCAUUGAAAUGUUGUGUUCAACAAAAAAUAAAUGUAAAAGCAUCUCGCUAUAUGGCGGUCAGGUUUCGCAAGCUUUCUUGUUUGUUGGGGAAGCGGUGAGACGCUCCAAAUGAAGUUCACUUGACUGACUCACUGAAGCGUAUUUAUCAAAUCACAUGCUAGCGAUUAGCAUGAGCGGAAAUGAAAUGCUGAGUCACGGACGUACGGAGCAGGGCCAUUGCGAUGAAUGAUCAAAGCGUUGUUUACGGAAGUGCCAGGCAGACUACGCAACAGGGGAAGCCUUUUAAUACAGUGCACAAAUGGAAACUGUGCUUGUUGACCUGGAAUCAUGGACCUGGAGUGCUGAAUUCAAAUCAAUAAAAAAUUAAUAAAAGCUAAAGUAAUUGAAUAGACAUUGGAAUUAAUAUACACGACACCAAUAUUGUAUAUAAAUAAAUGUUGAAGUCCAAAAAUGUUUAAACCUUUCAUCCCUGCAAUAUGAAGCAAUUGUCAGAGAAUCACAAAAUUUGAAAAAUAAGGUCUUAAUUAGGGAUGGGAAUCGAAAUCCGAUUCCAAUUCCGAACCGGUUCCUAGUGUUUCGAGGCCUCGACAUCACAAUGAAAAAGCCUAAACGAUCCCUUUAACGAUCCCUAAAGACGCAUACUGCGUCGCGACGUGUUGUUGUCCAGACGCAUCAAACUAGCAUGGCGCCAAGAACCACUCGUGCUAAAGUUUGGCUACACUUCACCAGGAAAGAGCGUGAAAAUGAAAGGUUAAGAUGGUUUAGCACGAGCAUUGCAGCCGUAAACGUAACAAUGACAGCACAUAGGUUCAAACGCUCGAAAGUUUAUCUUCACUUCAUGAGAAAAAAAUUACAACAAAGCGACUUGCAGUCAUUGCAAGGUGGAGAUAACUGCAUCGGGAGGGAAUACGACUGCAAUGUCCUCACCGAGACGCUAAGGCUCAGUCCUGGCUAUACAGCUAGCUAAACUCCCAAAUGACGAUACAGAAGACGUUGGUAUAAUUUGCUGACUUUAUUCAACCAUCACUUGAAGAGUGAAACGAAAAAUAGAAAUGAAACAAAUCAAUUUCGUCCGCAAUAACAAACAGGUUCGCGUCAACGUAAAUCAGCGAUGAUUAGCUGCUAAUACAUUAAUAACACAAACUGUUAGCAUGCGUUCGCUAGCAUUAGCACAUUGUUUAAACCACUACACAACUGGAUUUAAGUGUCCGAUCGCGAGUGGAAACACACAACACAAAAGAUGAUACAUACAGGCGUUGCCUCUGUAGAUAUUUUACAAACAUUAACAAAGAACGUAGGCUUGUAGCAGUGUUUCCCGCUCUCACUAACUCGCUCUCUCGCUUGGAUCCUGUACUUCUUCUUCGCGUGUAAGCGCGCUCUUCUUCACGUAAGGAAGUGCAAGGGCGCUCCCACUUGAGCGUGAAAGCACCAUUAAAACUAAAAGGCAUGGAUUUCAAUAUAAUGGUAAAUAAUACACUUUAACACAGGGUUCCCCAAACUACGGCCCGCGGGCCGGAUACGGCCCACCCCCACAUUUGGUCCUAAUUCUCCCACGUUUAGAAGAAAUAACAUUAGUAUGGAACGGCACUGCCCCCAAGUGGCCGGUGGCAUUCUCUUCACUCUUAAUGUCCAUAAACGACCUCAUUGUAAUCUGUUUGAGGCAAUGUGCGAGUGGGUCAUUCAGUGUAUGCGUUAAUUGCGUCAAAUAUUUUAACGUGAUUAAUUAAAAAAAUAAAUAAACGCCCGUUAAUGUGCUAAUUUUGACAGCCCUAUAUAUUAUAUUAUAUUAUAUUAUAUUAUAUUAUAUUAUAUUAUAUUAUAUUAUAUUAUAUUAUAUUAUAUUAUAUUAUAUUAUAUUAUAUUAUAUUAUAUUAUAUUAUAUUAUCAUUUUAUUUACUUUUGUUCCGUGAAGAAUCCGGAAAGGGUUAUUUGAUUGUGGCUUUCUGAAAAACAAUAAUUGUUUUACAUUUAGGCACUCCUGCAAUCUUCACACUUUUUCUGUUACAACAGAGAAGGUUAGGGGACCCCUGCUUUAACACAUAUUGCCAAAGGCAGAACAAUGAUCUAUUUGCCAAUAUAUACCAAUAUUUUUUAUUUCUAUUAGAAAAAUGUUUCAGUAAAAUGUUACACAUUCUUGUGCAUUUGCCACUUAUUGCCACAGCUAACAUUGAGGCUCUGGGCCUCUUUUGACCUCGUUGUGGGUUUGUAAGGUUGUGACUUCUGAUAAAACAAACUCAAUACCAAUCAAAUCGUUUGUUCUUUCCCCCCAAAUUAGAAUCGAUAAGAGAAUCGAUAAAGAAUCGAAUCGUUAAGCAAUACCAAUAAUGGAAUCGGAAUCGUAAAAAUCGUAUCAAUUCCCAUCCCUAGUCUUAAUGAAACCUGUUUUUCAAAUUUGUAAAAAAGAAAAAAAUAAUAUGUGUAAUAAGCGCCCUAAUAUCUAUAACCCUUGCUAAAUCCUAUUUUUUUAUUCUAAUGGAACCUGCAGAUGCAUGAGUUGACUUGCAUCCAUUUUUUUUUUUUUUUGAGGACAGAUAUUUCAAAAUUCUAAAUUAGUCUCAAAAUCAUGAAGUGUAUCAAAGUGUAUCAAAUUUGAUACAUUUGACAAGAAAGGGUUUUUUUAAAAAAAGGCUAAAAAUGGAAAUUAAUACACUAAUUAAAAUGCAUGAAUUAUGAAUGAAUUAAAAUUAAAAAAUGGAGAAAAACAUAAUGAAUAGGCACAUUGAUAAAUAUCAUGAAUAACGACCUUCAGCAUUAGGGGUGUGACAAUCAGUGUAAAAAUAGUAAUUAGUUACAAUUUAUAGGGGUGUAAGGGUACACAAAAAUCUCGGUUCGGUAUGUACCUCGGUUUUGAGGUCACGGUUUGGUUCACUUUCGGUACAGUAAGAAAACAAAAUGCAAAAUAUAAAUGUGCUAGUUGUUUAUUACACACCUUUGUGCUUUCAACAAUAGGAACAUUAGCCUAUACAAAGCUAGAAUUCUGCUCAAAAAGUAGUGGGUAUUUAAAGAUAAUCCAACAACAAUUUGCCUUUCAGACCCCGCGUAUUGGUCAGCUUUCUUUCUGGAAAAAAAGAAGAAAAAAGAAGUCCUGUGCUAAAGAGAAAAGCAAUCCCAAUGACAAAGAUUUUACCAUGUAUUUUACAAAUGAAAUGCCUCAAUGAAUCUUUUUUUUCUUCUUAUGAACGGUUUUCAAAAGAUUUAUAGGUGGAUUUUCUCAAGUUAAAGCGCCACACAGAAAUGAAUAAAAUUAAUUGUGUAAGGAGGAUCUGUGUAUUAUUCUUAUUAUUUAAUUACAGGUGUUUUAGGUCAUUUCAAUUUAUUUGAUUUAAAUGGGCUAUUAUUUAUUUUAGUAUGUCUUUAUAUUUUACCAAUGUGAUGUAGUAUUCAUUUAUAUUGUAUAACUUUAAUUCCUAUUUGAAUAUUAGUUCCUACUUGUUUUGUUGUGGUAGGAGGGUUUUGUAUUGAACACGGGGCCUUGUUGAUUAUUAUUAUAGCACAGAAGACAGCAGAAAAUCAACAAAGACAAGUCAACUGUGUCCUGAUCUACCGCUCAAGAGAUCUGAUGGACUCAAAAAGUGGGUCAAUGAUGUGAUCGGGUCCGAUCACAUCAUUUUCACAGUAUCGGAAUCGGCAAAAAAAUAUCAGACGUCUUUUUUUAAAUAUAUAUAUAUUUUUAAAUUAAAUCGUUUUCUAAUUGUAUUUAACGUUACAGACAUAAUAUGUUACACUCAUCCAGAGUCUUUAGUUGAGGUUUAAAGUAGGGUUAUCAAAUUUAUCACGAUAACGGCGGUAAAUAAUUUUUUAAAAAAUGUAUCACGUUAAAAUAUUUAACGCAAUUAAUGCAUGCGUUGCACAACCCACUCACGCAUUGUCGCACUCAAUCUGUAAUGGCGCCGUUUUACCUUUAUAGAGAGAUAAAAGGCAGCGUAAAAUGAGUAGAGUGAAUUUUGGCAGCCUUUGGAGCCUUUUUUUAAUAGGCUAAAGCCUUACAAUCCCUCUCCCUACGAUUAGAAAUAUAAUGGGAAGCAAUGUGGGGAAACAAGGUAGCAACUGAUCUUUUUCUUAUCACCUUACAUUAUUUCCCAACGCAGAGAAGAUAUAUCAAUUGGUAGCACUGCGCACAGUCAUGGUUCCACUUCCCAUCAUGCAUUUGGGUUGAAUGGCUGCAGUAUCAUUUACUGAAAGCUCAACAAAUACACUAGAUGGCAAUAUUUGCAAAUAAAUUCUUUAAAAAUCAAACAAUGUGAUUUUCUGUUUUUUUUCCCACAUUCUGUCUCUCAUGGUUGAGGUUUACCCAUGUUGACAAUUACAGGCCUCUCUAAUAUUUUCAAGUGGGAGAACUUGCACAACGGCGUCACGCCUCCCCCUUUCCCACUCCCGCUCUUCUUUCUCCGUGUCUCUGACUUUUCUCGCGUCAUUCAACCAAGUUAGUAACGCUUAGUAACACACAGUCUCGUUGACAAAAUCCGAAAGGAGAAAAAAAUAGUAAUGCACGAAAAACGUAAAGAUUUUGAACGUACGGCGUACUCAUUUAAAAAUUAGGGCUGUCAAACGAUUAAAAUUUUUAAUCGAGUUAAUCACAGCUUAAAUAUUAAUUAGUCGUGAUUAAUCGCAUUUCAAACCAUCAAUAGAAUAUGCCAUAUUUUUAUGUAAGUUAUUGUUGGAAUGGAAAGAUAAGACACAAGACGGAUAUAUACAUUCAACAUACUGUGCAUAAGUACUGUAUUUGUUUAUUAUAACAAUGAAUCAACAAGAUGGCAUUAACAUUCUGUUAAAGCGAUCCAUGGAUAGAAUGACUUGUAGUUCUUAAAAGAUAAAUGUUAGUACAAGUUAUAGAAAUUUUAUAUUAAAACCCCUCUUAAUGUUUUCGUUUUAAUAAAAUUUGUAAAAUAUUUCCAAACAAAAAAUAAACUCGUAGCUCGCCAUUGUUGAUGUCAAUAAUUACACAGUGCUCAUGGGGCUGAAACCCAUAAAAUCAGUCGCACCCAAGCGCCAGCAGAGGGUGACAAAACACCAAAAAACAUAAGUAACAAAUGGACAUGACACUGUGCUGUCAUUUUAAUCUGUUUGAACGGGGCAUGUGCGUUAAAUGCGUCAAAUAUUUUAAUGCUAUUAAUUUCAAAAAUUAAUUACCGCCCGUUAACGCGAUAAUUUUGACAGCCCUAUUAAAAAUCAGUGCUCACUUGUACAAAUUACGCCA